GAACAACUGUCUUCUGGUUUUAAUUGGUCGGUGAUCGUUCAGUUAUCAUGUGUGUCAGUAAACCGACGAAUAAAUCGUCGUUUACUGCACAGUACGAUGGCGUCCGGUAAGGCGAUUUCAAGUGCUCUCGGAGUUGAGAAGCGUCAGAAAGAGAAAGAGAUUGAAGAUAAAAUGAUCGAGGAGCUCGUUGAACACCUCAAGAGUAUCGCUCCGUUCAACAAACGUUGGCAGGUGAUUGAGACAAUCAAUCAAGGCACAUAUGGUGUUGUAUUCUCGGUUCAAGAUGUUGUCACGAAAGUUUUCGGUGUGAUUAAAGUGGCAAAGUCACUAGCGAAUGAUUCUGGAAAUGCUUCAGCCGAAUGGGAGGGUUUCAUUCUUGAGACUAUGUUCAAGAGAUCUGAGGUUGCGUCUGUGGUUCGUUUAUUGGACAAAGGUAUGUUAGCCGAUCAGCACGGAGAGGGGAUGGAGUUCGUGGUUCUUGAGAAGGCUGGUAUACCUGUUAAGGAUUAUAUCUUUGAGGCACUUGGACCGCUGAGAAACCUGCGUGCUGCGAAAGUUUCACUGCAGAUGCUCAAAGGCAUUUAUGAUCUUCAUCAACAAGGCUUAUUGCACAGAGACUUGAAACCGGACAAUAUGGGUGUGUGCUCAGAGGAGCAGCCAGUGACACUAUUGUUCGAUCUUGGUAUGUCACGAAUGUAUACAGACGGAGAAUGCGAUCUUAUGAAUUCACAGGUUCGCCCUCCUCGCACAUGUUGUCCGUUCCGAGGUACUCCCGAAUGGGCGAGUGGACAUUCACAAAAAGGACGUGAGCAAACGCGCUUCGAUGAUCUGAUUGCUUGGUUGUAUGUGUCGUGCGAGUUGUUUGCCUCAGAGAAAGAACCAACUCAACCACUACCAUGGACAUACAGAUCCAAUAAUCGAGUAAAAUGA